UGUUUUUCUUUUCAAUGUUUUGUUUAUCUUGAUUUGUGCAGUGAGGUUUAUUAGGUUCGAAAACGUAUACAAACAUUACAGAAAUGUUUCCAGCUUACUCCACCGCAAAAUCGACAGAAACGGAGACCGAUAAAAACUCGGAUAAAAAAGACUUGAAUUGGCUCGCGAAUCCCAGUUUUGAGAAGUACGAACCGCCUAUAAUACCAAUCGACGAGGAUUCGAAACAGUCAGAUGAAGAUGUUCAGCCGUCAACUAGCCAUUCAUCACGGUCGUCACACAAGAAGAAACGAAAGAAGGAUCACAAAGAGCACAAAUCGGAUCGCAAGGAACGCAAGUCGAAAAAAGAAGAACCACAACAAGUCGUCGAAGUAAUGGAGUUUGAUGGGACUGAAGAGUACUAUGUCGACAAGAAGGCCGAACGGGGAUAUCUUCGUGUGCAGACUCUACAUAAACCAGCUUGUCCAAGAUAUCGUACGUACUUCGCGGGUGUGAUUGGACACAUUAGGCGGGAGCGAUUCACCAAUGUCAGACGGUACUUUUUAAAGGGUAAAAAGGACAGAAUCGAGGUUGGCGAUUGGAAUAAGGAGGAAAGUUUGAGCGAAGAGGACUUUUCGAUCAAAAACAAAGAGUACAACCGACAGUUGGGCGAGAAUCCCGGAAACGUUCAACUAUGGUUGCAAUUCAUCAAUCACCAGGACUUGUCCAACAUGAAGUCGACAAAAACACAGGUGGUCGAACGUAAAUUGGACAUUCUGAAUAAGGCGCUGCGAGAGAAUCCGAAAAACGAAGACUUAUACAAGCUGUACAUACAAGUGAUCGACCGGGCGUUUCCGUCAUUCGAAGUGAGCAAAACGUUGGAUCAAUUGAUAUCGAAAGACCUCACCAAUUACACGCUGUGGAACGCCCAAGUGUUAGCAACACAAGGAUCGAUGGCCCGUUGUAACGUUGCUGAUGUGCUCAAGUUGUACGAACAAUGCAUGAAGAACAUGUACAACCGGAACCGAUACGAUGAAGUUAUGUUGAAACUGUUCACAAAUUGUGCCCUCUUCUUACGCCAAUCUGGUCUGUAUGAGCAGAUGUUUGCACUGUUAAAAUUAGCUCUGGAGCUCAAUGUCGCUGAAAAUAAAUUCGCCAAAAUCCAGCCAUCCGAAUCGGAUCAAAAUCUGCUCAUUGAAUACGAAGAAGUGAUACUGCAGUCCGGUCUGCCAAUGAACGAAAUUUGGUUGCGUAUCGAAAAGUUGCGACAAAAUUUCUACUUCCUGCCCUGUCCGGAAAAUCGUUCAUGCAGCGAUCCACAACGAAUGGUAUUCAACGAAGACAUCGUGCACUUCGUUUAUCCACUGGCCAAUCGUUCGUACGCGUUCAAUUUAAUGAUCAUCGUGUUGCGAUUGCUGAAAGUACCGAUGCCCGGACAUUCGUUGCGCGAAUGUUUUUUCACCAAACAGGAACACUGUUCGGAGUUUGACAGCAUUGAGGACAUUCUGUCGGUGUUCUUGUACAAAACGUUUAGGAAAUGUGACACCUUCGAAACGGUGAUGAUGGACUUUGUCAAAGACUUCUCCAUCGGACCAUCGUACAUACCGUCACACAUUGGCUACGAAAUCUAUUUCGGAAUCGUUCUUGAAUACUUAGCGACAGCAAGUGAGUGCUUUCCGGGUGACACAGUCCGGAAGAAUAUUUUGGUGAUGCUGUGGCUGAAGUUCGAAAGGAUUUUACUGAUUUUCGAUAGAAUCGCCGGUAAAGUUACCGAUGAACGGGCGAAACAACUGCGCACCAAAGUGAAAACGCUUUUGAAACGCGAAGAAAAUCGAAAUGUGUUAGUGUUCUACGGGGAAUAUGCUUUGAUCGAAUAUGAACUGGGCCGGAUGGACUCAAUGGAAAAUGUGUUCCACACAGCGCUCGGCGAAACAAAACUUUCGGACAAUGAUUGCACCCGCGCUGAUUUUUACGCAACUUUCGUACUGUAUGUGGAGAUACUGCUGAGAGAAGAACGAGUCGAGCAGGCGAUACGAUCAUUGACAUGUCUCGGAUUGGACGUAUCAUUGAGAGAAUCGGCUAAAAUGGAAGUCACGGAACCCAAAAAAUUACAAGCCAUGAAAAAGCUCGCUGACCGUGUACGCGACUUGGUGUUCAUCGAACGUAAUGUGUCUGUGAUGGAAUUGGAACAGUGUUUUAUGUCCGACUAUCUGAUCAGCUUAAUGAAAGCCAACGUAUACUACACAUAUCUGAUCAAAUCGAAGCAGUUGGCUGUUGAACAAAUCAAUGUUUGGAUUCGAACGUUUGUCGAGAUCAACAAUCGGCAUGCAUUCAUCCGCGAGAAUCUGUACGAAAUGUUGGUGGACGUUUUGGAAUUGCCCAGCAAAAGUGGAAUGGAAAACAAUGCCACGGUUUACGAUGCAGUGCAGAGAGGACUGUCGGAGUUUCCGAAUAAUUUAUUGUUGCUGAGGACUGCUGCUACCAUGGAAGGACAGACAUGGUUCAAAAUUCGAUCACUCCUAACCGCAGCCCACUCUCCCGUUUCAAUACUGUUCUUGGUCAUGUCGGCAAAGUAUCGGUUCAUCAAAUACUCACAGAAUUGUAACGACGAUACUCUGUUUCUGGAUUCGUUAUCGUCAAACAUUGACAGUAGUGAGACUGCCUAUAAGACCAGAGUGUGCAAUUUGUUGAAAAGUGAGACGUCCAAUUCGAUUGCAAGGAAAAAUUCGCUGCUGUGGAGAAUUUAUUUGAAGAGCCUACUCGAUGUACACAAGGAUUUCGAAAAGAGUCGUAACGCACUUUUUGCGGCAUUAGACGAAUGUCCUUGGAAUAAGGCUUUAUACCUCGACGGAACUGUGUACAUCCCUCAAGAGCUUCCACAUUUACAAGAUCUCAUAAUUGAGAAGCAGCUGAGAAUCUAUGCCCUACCCGAGGAAUUGGAGAUUUUACGUAGUGAUGAUGUGAAUAUAACCAAUAAAUAAAACGAAAUGGUGA